GCUUGAUCUAAGGCGGACCGGGGGCACAUGGCUGCUGACGCUCAGAAAUCGAAAGGCGAGCCGAAGAACUUAGUGGAUCAGGACGAAAUCUGGAAAGUUCAUGUUAACGCGGAAUUUGAAUCAGCCAAAGCCUGGUCAAAUAAAUGGGGCUUUCUGGCAGAGUUUUAUAAUGAGGUGUUGCAGCAAAGCAAAAAGUUAACUGAAGAAAUAGAGAAAGUGGAGGUUCCGAAACACUUGAAGACAUCCCCUCCAACCCCUCUGGAGCAAUAUAUCAAGAUCGGACCGUCACCUCCAGUCCCCCGGACAUCACAGGCUUUCAUUGGCUGGAGGUCCUCGGUGGCGCAUUUGCAGCUGGAGCGCUUUGGACGGGUGAAUCAUGGGAGAAAGAGCUUCUCCGAAGAACUUGGCUGAGUCUUUGAUUCCUGCAGCUGAAGACCAGGCAGCACAGCCUCAUCUCUUACAUUCCUGGAGUGUUUCACAGUAUUUUGAAUAUGGCACAGUAUGAUCCACCAGCUCCCCACAAAAUCAUUGCACUUUUUUACAGCUUUUAUCUACUCUGGAGUAUAAUUAUAUAAAGAAAACAUAACAUUUAUAAAUCCCUGCAAUAAAUUGAUUAUUAUUUUGGUUUUGAUUAUUACAGUUUUG